CCGCCCCUACUGCUGACACCACCGGAAGUAGCAGCGGUCACGGGGUAGCGUGGCGUCACGGCGAGACGCAGCAGCCGAGAUCAGAGAGAGAGAAGCCGCGAGAGGAUGGAGGCCGCAGAGCAGCAGCGGAGCUCGAGUGACGGCGCGUCCGCCAGAGGAGCGGGAGUCCCGGGCGGUGGAGGCGGUGCAGAGCCUGGGGGAAGCGCGGAGAGCGAGCGGGACAAAGAUCGCGCCACUUUCGAGUGUAAUAUCUGCCUGGACACAGCGCGAGACGCCGUCAUCAGCCUGUGCGGACAUCUUUUCUGUUGGCCGUGUCUUCAUCAGUGGUUGGAGACGCGGCCCAGUCGGCAGCAGUGUCCCGUGUGUAAAGCAGGAAUCAGUCGGGAUAAAGUGAUUCCGCUGUACGGUCGUGGCAGCGCCAGUCAGGAAGACCCCAGAUUGAAAACACCUCCUCGACCUCCGGGUCAGAGAACAGAAGCAGAGAGUCGAGGGCCGUUUCAAGGUUUCGGCGACACAGGGUUUCACAUGUCUUUUGGAAUCGGUGCUUUUCCAUUCGGUUUCUUCACCACAGUCUUUAAUACCAACGAUCAUCUUCACAGAGCAGAUCCUCACUAUGCAGGCGAUCACCACGGCAAUGGAAACCCCAAUAAUGGCAACAACUGGCAAGACUCGCUCUUCCUCUUCCUCGCGAUCUUCUUCUUCUUCUGGAUGUUGAGCGUGUGAUGUGCUGAAGUGAUGGGAACACACCAUCUUUGAUUGACGUAGAGAUUAAAGUCUGUUUUUCUGCGGAGGAAAAUUCUUCAUCUUCUCUGUCUGUCUGUCUCACUGCACACAGACACGCACACACACACACACACACACACGCACACACACUCACGUCCGCUGGUAUCAGUGUUGAAGAACAGAGACAGUAUUCAUGAACGCCACGUCAAGAGAGUUUAUUGAAAGAACAGUUCAUCAAACAAAUCAUUCCCUCGUCCUCGUGUCAUCUCAGACCUACAAGACUCUGUUUCUGUGGAACAUAACAGAAGUUAACAGGAGAUCACAUGGCUUUAAAUGUGUGACGGACAGUUGUCGUGACUCGUGUGCUGUUUUUCAAAGCUGUGUGAUUUAGGGUGGUCACAGGAUUAGUCGCGACUAAUCGUUUGCAAAAAAUAAAAGUUUUGUUUACAUAAAAUAUGUGUGUGUACUGUAAAUAAUAAUUAUGUUCAUAUAAAUACACACACAUCCAUGUAUUAUUUUAAGAAACAUAAUAUUUGUAUAUAUGAAAUAUUUAUGUUUAUAUACAAUAUAAAUUAUAUAUAAAUAUAAAAAUGUAUAUACAUGUGUAAAUAUUUCUUAAAUAUAUACAUCUGUGUGUGUGUAUUUAUAUAUUUAUAAUCAUUAUAUACAGUGCACACACAUAUUUUAUGUAAACAAAAACUUAUAUUUUGUAAACGAUUAUUCAGGAUUAAUCGUGUGACAGCCCUAGUGUGAUUUAUGGUCAUUGAUCGUCCUCCCCCUCCAAAAUCACAUUGUGUUUAUAUUCAAAAUAAAUUAUUUUUGAAAAUGUUGGAAUGUUAUGAUGUGCAUGUUAUUUUAAAUUUGAAUUCUUUUAUAAAACCUUUAUUAUGAUCUGAGGAUAUUUGGAAUAUAGCGCACGGGUGCAUGCCGACGUUUUUAUUUCGAUCUUAACUGUCAUGUUUCGGGGGGUGAAAUAACAGCAGUGGGGUUUGAAACAACAUAAUGAGUAAAUAAUAACAGAAUUCAUUAUUUGGAAAACUCACAGUUGUGUGUGUGAGAUUUCUCAUGCCAAAGAAAUUGGGACAUAAGAGACAUGCACAGACAGAAUUUUGUUUUGUGUAGUCGGGACAGAGGAGUUUCUGUGAAGGAACAGUUGCGUUGUUUGUUGUUGUUGUUUUAUGUUCAGGCCGUAGCACUGUGCCGUCUAAAACACAUUUUGUCAGGAUGAUUAAAUCUCUAAUACUGUGAGUCAUGUACUCAUUCAUUCCCGUUCAGACAGAGCCCACUCUUAUUUCACCUGAAAAAUCUCAAGAAAAGACGUUUUAUUCAGGACAUCUUUGCAUUGUGACAUUAUUCUCACUGCUGUCAUAUGGGGAAAAUCUUUUACAUUUUAGUCUUAUUUUCUUGACUUUUGAAAUAAACUAGAGUUGUGAUGAGUUUGAUUUUAAUGUUGCAAUGCAUAAAACGUCAAUGGCUUGAUUCUCUUAUAUGUGAUGCUCUUCAUUCACCCGUCAAGAGUCGAUCUGAUAUUUGUGUUGUUAUUCUCAUUGGGUUUUUCCUGUGAGAAGCGUUUGAGAAAAGCUGAACUAAAGAUGUGGACUAACCCAAGUUUAGGAUCAUGUUGUCACAACAGAAUCUGAUGUGUGAUGUUUGUCGUGUAAAGCUGUUUCAAUGACACACAGUUAACAGUGAACUGUUCGCAAGUUAACACAAAUCUUAUCGAAACCUGAUUUACAUACUAAAUGAAAGAGGAAGAGUUUAGAAAAUGUUUGAUUGUGUAGCUGUUGAGUAAAUGCCAUUUAUUUUCAUGUACUGGAAGUUUAAACUCGAUAAUAAAUCGAGUGAAUUUAUAAAACUGCUCAAUUAAGCUUCAUGUCAACAACAAUGUAACAGAUAUGGUUAUAAUUGUGUGUGUGUUGUAAAUGAAUGUGGAUGUUGUAAAUGAAGUUGAUUGACAGGUAAGAGGUGAUGGAUUGUACUGCUGUUGGUUUAAUGUAUGUUUGUCAAUGUAACAAACAUCCUGUGAAAGAACAUUUUCUGCCGCACACGAUUGGCUGUUUAAUCCUCUUGUUGAAAGAGAGCCAAUGAAAGAUGAGUAUGUGAUGACGCCAAGUUGUAUAUCAGCGCAGGUCAUAGGUUUGACCUCACAGUUAGGAUGGACUGUUGAUUUUGGGUGACUUUUUUUCUUUUUGCAUAUCACUGGUUAAUCAAAGCGUAUAUGUUUGUACAGAAAGUCUUAAAUUAGAUCCUAAUUAUUGGGCAAAUGGGGAUGAAAUUUAAGUGGGAGUGGCUCUUGAUAAAUAAACAUUUAAAACGGU